AUGAACUCCCCCGACUACAUCUCUUUGCAGUGGACGACUGUUCAGUAUAAUGUGUUUGAACUCGUUGGGCAAACUGCUGCCUUCGGAGGCUAUACCGUCCUGAUAUUCCUCUCAAGCAGGAUGUUUAUCAAACGCGGCAUCAAGACGAGGCUCAACCGUACUCUUUUGGCUGGCAGUCUGUUCAUGUACCUCCUCUCUACGGCGUACUUUGCCUACACUGUUGUCAAUGUUGCCGACCGGAUGAACAUAUUCCUUGAUGUUGCUUUGAAUAAAAGCAUUGGGCUACGAGGCUCAUUCCACGAUAACAUCACAAAGUGGUCUCCCCUCUUCAAUGCCGUCGUUCUUGUCAACUACGUGUUCAGCGAUGCUGUUGUUAUCUGGCGAUCGUGGAUUAUCACCCCUGUCCAACACCGAAGGUGGAUUGCGAUUCCCGUAACACUGGUCUUCCUAGCUUCAGUCAGCGUCAUCAGUACUAUCGUCUUCAGAGCCAUCGCGUUUGUUCAAUAUCCUUUGGUGCCAGUCCCUAAGGAUACUUUCAUCGACCGUGGGAUCAACGUUCUUCAAUUGCUGAGCAUAGGACUGUCCUUGCUCUCCAACAUCUCUGCCACAUUCGUCGUCGGAAUUGUUGCUAUCCAGCACCGCCAAACGAUCAGCGCUGCAUUUAUUACCGCCAAACACACGCGGCUUACGAGAGGCGAGCGUAUUCUGCGCCUGCUCGUUGAAUCCGGGCUGCUCUACUGCAUAUCCGGGCUCGUCCUCGCCGUUUUUUGCUUCAUCCGCCUUCCGCACGGCACGCUCGGUGACAUCUACACGCCUGUGACAGUCCACAUCUCUGGCGCAUAUCCGUUAAUCGUUUUCCUCCUGAUCAAGGAAGAAAUGUCACUCGACAAGACAGAGUUUACGCUUGUCUUGCCCACUUAG